AUGUUGUCGAAAAACUUAAUAAUAAUGAAUCCUAGUUCUCAAAUUAAUUCAUCCGGUGUGCAAAACCAAAUUUCUUGUGAAUUCAUUUGAUUUUUCUCUUAAUUAUAAAUGAAAUUAUAUUUGAUCAAAUCAAUAAUUUCUGGGCAUAAAACGUAAUGUCCAUUUCCUUUUUUCUUUUUACGCAAUUUAAGGUUUAUUAAAAUCUUUCACAAUAUUCCCGAGAGUGUGAAUGGCUGCUUCUAUGCUGAUGCCCCAUUUCCCUCUUUUAAACCCGCAGUUUCACACUCGGACCGCUAAAACCACUCUAAGAAGCGCCGUCUGUUCACGCGCCGCCGCGCGAAUGGAGUCGUCCGCCGCCACCAACGCAACGGCGGACUCCGCCGCCGCCGUCCAGGACACGGUGGUGGUGCAGUACGUUGUGCUGCGGAGGGACCUAAUCGACACGUGGCCGCUGGGGAGCGUGGUAACACAGGGCUGCCAUGCCUCCGUCGCCGCGAUUUGGACUCACAAGGACGAUCCCGACACACUAUCCUACUGUUCUCCUCCAAAUCUCGAUUCUAUGCACAAGGUCACUCUUGAAGUGAAGGGUGAAACUCAAUUGUUGAACUUGUCGGAGAAGCUAAAAUCCGGUGGCGUCGCUCAUAAGCUGUGGAUAGAACAACCAGAGAACUUUCCUACUUGCCUUGCCACGAAACCUUACCCGAAAUGCACUGUAUCAUCAUUUUUCAAAAAGCUUAAGCUCUGUAAGUGAUGACAUCUAGUUUUUAUUAAUGAAUUUGGAUGAGUUUCUUGCUUAAA